GUUAGUUUAAAUGUUUACAGAUGUCGCUUCGGUCAAUAAUAUUUUUUAAGUUUUGUGUUGUUCAUUGAAAGGAGCAUUUUACGAUUACAAUACUGUUAUGCAUAUAUGUGAAGACUGAGGUGUCUCUGUUAUUGUAGACAAAAUGAUGUCCGGACUUAUACUAGAUGUGGUCAGUAUAGACCACUGUUAUUCAAAACCUUGGAGUGCUCAUCCGGAUGCCAGCAAUGCCCGGCCCCUCAGAACACUCUUCAUGGACAAGUUUCCAAGGAAUAGAACUUUAGAGCAAUCAAUACCGGAACCAGAUAUUCCAUUGGAUGUAGUGACAGUUCAUACAAAAAUGCCGACCACAUAUGAUAUCAGUAAAGCCCGGUCAGUUAUGAAUGAGACAGAGAAACAAUUAAGCAGUUUGAGAGAUGAAAGAGGCGAUGAUUGGGAGGACAAAGUUGUAAGGGCAGGAUGGACAGCACAACAGAACAGACUGUUUAACAAGAUCAAUAAAAUACUUCACAGUGAUAGGCUCUCCAGACUCGCCUUUGAAUCUAAUAUAAAUGAGGCUGUUUUAAGAAGGAAUCAAGUAGAUAAGACAGCUAAAAGGUUUCGCCAGGCACUAGCCAGUGUUAAAUGGGACACGAGGAUGACCCAGUGGCUACAUGGCGUUCUGUUAGAUAAUUUAAGCACAACAUUACUGGCUGCAUAUAUAGACGUGUUACAGACAUUAAGAUCAAAGGUUCCAAGUCUUGUAGAUAAAAUGGUAGCAAAUGGAGGUUAUUCACCAAGAGCACAUACUCUGAGUGGAGAUCUGAUGGCUAAUUUGAUAAAGAAACCAUGGGACCCUGUGAUGAAUAUAUACUCACAAAACAAAUUGGUAAAUAAACUACCCGGCAAUCCGUUGAUCCUGGUAGCUCCCAGUGGACCAACCAAUGCCAACAGUUUACAAUCAAAACGUAUGAAGUACUGGACCAACCAGCUGAUGAGCAUUGGGAAGGUGAUACCGGUUACCAUGCAUACGGUGAACAACGGUAGCGGUGUUAGUAUUGCCCAGUGUCUGGAGCACAUGAUUGUUGCGGUGAAAACUAAAGUAGUUGAGUUGAAAGGCCAUUUUCUGAACAGACCAAUAGUUUUACUGGGCUGGAACAUAGGGGCUCUAGUCGCAUGUCAUGUAGCUCUACAGGAGACUGUGUCAGCAGUUGUGUGUUUAGGCUUUCCAUAUACUGGUGUUGGAGGUGGAAGAGGGGAUGCCGAUGACCCACUGUUAGACAGUCGCACACCCACAUUGUUUGUCAUUGGACAGCAUGCUAAUACUAGCACAGUGGAUGAUGUCGAAGAUUUACGGGAGAAAAUCCGAGCUGAGAACAGCCUACUUGUUGUUGGGGGAGCAGAUGACAAUCUGAGAAUGUGUAGAAGCAAACGCAAACAAGAAUGUUUGACUCAAGUUAUGGUCGAUAAACUGAUACUGGAUGAAGUAGCCGAGUUUCUGGGUGGGAUAUUGUCACACGGUCCUAUGGUACAAGAGUCAGUUGUAGUAGAUCUAUCUGACCUCGACCUUAGGAAACAUAAGAAGAGUGUAAAAGACAUACACGAUGAACUAGACGGAGAAACAUUUGGAACUCACACCAUGCCAGAACCUUCAGCGGGACGUAUGACAAUAGCAAAAGCGCUUAGAGCACGUGCCCUGGCUAGUUCAUCUUCACUAGACUCGCCACAAAGUUUCGGAUCAGUUGGCUCAAAUACCAGCAUUUCUUUACCCAUUAAAGUGAAAAGGAAGUAUACAAAGCGUAAAAACGUAGCAAAGCCGGCUGCUCCGAGCCCUAGGAAGAGAUUUAAAUCAACACCAACUCCCCCUAUAGCCAGUCCUGUCAGUAGUACUAUUACAUCACCGCUUUCUGCAGGGAUCACACAUGGCGUCUCAGAUGCCCCAGAGUUGUCCGGUUUACUAAAAUCCCAGUCAGGGCUUCUACCUACGUUCAGAAUACUCACAGAGGAUGGCCAACAUAAAGUAUCACUAUUCUCUCAGCAACCUUCACAAACUUCAACCAGUCAGAUGUUUACCUCGGCUCCUAUGACUAAUAUUCCAUCGCCUGCCAUUCUUGGUACCCACGAGGAGCCAUUAAUUGCCUAUAAACUGGAGGACUAUAACAAGAAAUUUGGAGAGCAAAGAUCAGUUCCAGAUACUUCUAUGAAAUCACCAAUAACUAUUGAAAGUUUAUUAAGAAGUCAGAAGUUUGCAUCAGCAUCGAAUGAUGGCUUGAAUGCUCAAGCUACGAGUACCCCAAUAUCUUCUUUGCUUUCAUUGGCCAGGCAGAUGCCAUCAGUUCAUAUGACCACGGCUUCAACAGUGUCGUCGCAGAUUCAGCAACUUCUAUCUAGCCUUGCAAGGUCCUCUAGCAAUUUGCCCACUUCUUCAUCUUCAUUACCAAGCACAGUGCUCACACCGCUUAAAUUACCAGGCACUCCGACUCCAGCAAGCCAGUCGCCUAGUUUGACAAACAAUCUUUUAAAUCAAUCAGGUGGAAACUCCCAAGCCCAGGUCAGCCAGUCGGGAUCCCCAUUACAAAACAGCGUUCCAACUUUAAUGAGCUCACUUGCUAAGAAUACCUCGUUGACUGGUGGAAACGUUAUUAAGAUAAUUUCGUCUACUAAUUCUCCUCAAAAUGAGAGUAAGCUUGAAGAGAAAGUCCCAGCUGUGCAAAGACUUCAUUUUCCAGAGUUCACUGUAUCGGGAUCUGUUUCAAGUCCGGCAAGUAGCCUUGGUCAAGUUGUAGAUAGCCCUAGACCUAAGAUACAUGUGAUUGAAAGUGAGGCGGUAUCGAGACCUAGUCCGGUUGAAUCUCAAGCACAAAUACACAUUACUGUGAAUAGAAAUGGUGUGUACACAACUCACACUUCAACAACUAAACAGGCUAUUGGUGGCAGUACUGCUUCAUUUGCAUCGGCUGUUAAUCCAAUAGUAAGCCCUAAUGUUAACAUUGUAAGUAUAUCUGAAACUGUAAGUUCCAGUAGUAGCAGUAUUCCAUCUGUCGCACCAGUUCACAGACAUCAUUUGUUGCAGUCCUCUGAUAGUGCACCAACGUUAACCCAGGGAGGCCACACAUACAGUUCUCCGCCCAUUGAAACUUUAGGGCAAGUUUCAUCAAUGCUCGAGUCAAGUCCAAUUACAGAAUACGUAAGCCAAGUUCGACCGAGUCCCAUAGGACCAAACACUAUUUGCACAGCUUCAAUAAGUAGUUCAAGAGCUCAAGUACCUUCAUUUGGCUGUGGGUCUUCGUCCAGUGGUCAGCAAAGGGCAACAACAAGUAGGGCGCCUCCUAAUGUGACUGUUUCCUACACAGCCACACCUAAACAGUCUCUUAGUACUCUUGCAUCAACUAGAACGCGGAGAAUUAGAACUCCCAAGCAAUUUGAUCUGUGAUUUGUCACUUGCAAGGUUGUUUUGUCAUUUACAUGUUGAAUAUUACUUGAUAUGUUAUGUAUAAAAUUGUUUUGUAUCUGUGCGCAAAUAAAUAAAUAGCGGCAAUAAUCAUGA